AUGUCCCAAAGACCUGAGCCUCUCCGCCUCGGCAGCGUUGCCCCCAACUUCGAUGCCGACACCACCAAUGGUCCCAUCAACUUCCACGAGUUCAUUGGAGACAAGUGGGUGAUUCUGUUCUCUCACCCCGAGGACUACACCCCUGUCUGCACCACUGAGCUUGGUGCCUUCGCUAAGCUCGAGCCCGAGUUCACCAAGCGUGGUGUCAAGCUCAUUGGUCUUUCCGCCAACACUGUCGACAGCCACGGUGGCUGGAUCAAGGACAUUGACGAGAUCUCUGGCUCCAGCCUCAAGUUCCCCAUCAUCGGCGACAAGGAGCGCCAGGUUGCUCUUGCCUACGACAUGCUCGACCACCAGGACGCCACCAACGUCGACUCCAAGGGCAUUGCUUUCACCAUCCGCUCUGUCUUCAUCAUUGACCCCAAGAAGACCAUCCGCACCAUUCUCUCAUACCCUGCUUCCACUGGUCGCAACACUGCUGAGGUCCUCCGCAUUGUCGACUCUCUCCAGACUGGCGACAAGCACAGAGUCACCACUCCUAUCAACUGGGUUCCUGGUGACGACGUCAUUGUCCACCCCUCGAUCAAGACCGAGGAGGCCCAGAAGAUCUUCCCCAAGGUCAACAUUGUCAAGCCCUACCUCAGAUUCACCACCUUGCCCAAGGAGGAGACCUCUGCCAACGCCCCAAGCUACCAAUCCGGCAUGUCAAAACGAGAUGACUACGAAUCAUCCUCAGAGAUGGAUGCGAUGAGCCAUGCUUCAGAUCAUCACAUUCGCUCAGCUGCUGGCUCGCCCGUUCCACCUCAGACUCCAAGUGCAAUCUCGGCUACCGCAAACCUAUCUGGCCUGGUUUGCAACGUACAUCGAACUACUGGAAGAGAGCCUCAUCCCCUGGUCGGAGCUACAACCACGAUACUUGGCGACAAGAUGUACGUAUUUGGUGGUCGCAAGAUUUCGAAGUCUCGACCUACUUUGACCUCGGACCUUUACGAGCUCGACCUUAUCCGAAGGCAUUGGUCCAAGAUUGAGACCAAAGGUGACAUCCCACCUCCGAGAUAUUUCCACAGUGUGUGUGCUCUUGGAGACAACAAGCUCGUCUGCUACGGAGGUAUGUCGCCCGAGGGUGGGCCUACCGCACAGAAUGAAUCGCCGGAUGCCCAGGUCAGCGUCAUGUCCGAUGUGCACAUCUACGAUAUACCCUCACAUACAUGGACACGGAUCAGCACUGGAGAGGCACCGCAAGGCCGCUAUGCCCAUUGCGCAGCUAUUCUCCCAUCAGGAGCAGUAUUUUCUUCUUCCAACGCACCUCUGUCUGCGAUACACCACAAUCCUUCAGGAGACCAACCAAACACGGGUUCGAUCGGUGUGGAACUUGACGGAAGGGGAGGUGCUGAGAUGAUUGUUGUUGGUGGCCAGGACAGCGGUAAUCAUUACAUUGAGCAAAUCAGUGUGUUCAACUUACGCAGCUUGAAGUGGACCUCAACCAAGCCUAUUGGAGGUCGAAGCUGUGGUGCUUACAGAUCCGUCGUCACACCCUUGGUCAGCAUGGAGAGCACCAAGGUCGGCGCAGGUCAUGAAGCAUCAAUGGAUGACUACGACGAUGACGAUGAAGAUGAUGACAGCGACCUUAACUCAUCUGGUUCGGCUAUGCUCAUUUACACCAACUAUAACUUUCUUGAUGUCAAGCUUGAGCUUCAAGUCCGUAACCGUGAUGGUACUCUCGUCGAUAAACAGAUGCAGGGUACGGUAACACCUCCUGGACUUCGAUUCCCUACUGGUGGUGUCAUUGGCAACAACUUUGUUGUGGCCGGCACAUUCUUGACAUCCUCUAAGCAGGAGUUUUCUCUGUGGGCUCUGGAUCUUCGAUCAUUGACUUGGGCCCGCAUCGACAGUGGAAGCAGCAUUUUCAGUCAAGGAAGCUGGAAUCGAGGUGUUCUGUGGGAGCGCAGGAAUUCGUUCAUCAUCCUCGGAAACCGCAAGCGAAAUCUUGUCGAUGACUACAACAAUCGCCGCCUGAAUUUCAACAACAUGUGUGUUGUUCAGCUCGAAGCGUUCGGAUUAUACGACAAUCCCAGGAAAGUCUGCCCUACUUCGGAUUAUGUAUCAGCUAGUGCUCCGCAGUACCAACCAGGCUCUGAAGGCUCUGCAGGUGGAAGAAGGUUGUACAGUGGUGCUGAAGACUUAGGCGAGAUGAUGCUUCAGUCGCGAGAGCUCUGUGAUAUGGACUUUCUUGCUAUUGAUGGCACCCGGAUCCCUGUCAAUUCGCGCCUCAUCGGACGUAGGUGGGGAUCUUUCUUCAACCAACUCGUACGCGAAAGUGCUGGUCCUUGUGAGAGUGGCGAGACUGCGACCCUCAGACCAGCCACAAUGGCUUCUCGCAAUUCCAGCAUCACCAUCACGCCUACACUUACUUCGAAUGGCUCGACACUGACAGCCAACAGUGUGACCGGUACCACGGUGACACUAGAACCCGCUGAUGUCAGGAACCUGCCUCCUAACUCACGCCCGAGGACAUUGUAUCUUCCCCAUACAGUCCCAGCGCUUCAAGCACUAAUCCACUACCUUUACACUGGCUCACUCCCUCAACAGCCAUCACAUCUUGCGACACCUCAAAUCUUCUGCUCUCUGCUUCAGCUUGCUCGGCCCUACGAGAUUGACGGUCUGGCUGAAGAAGUCACAGAGCGACUACACGAAACCCUGGAUGGCCCCAUGGCGGCCGGUGGCGGCCAAGGUGUUGUCUUCAAAGACGUCGGUACCAAUGUGCAUCCGCCUCGCGUGCAGAGUCUCGGGGGCAUUGAGGCUUUGUCUAUCAAUGGAGGCGUAGGCCGUAACCCGUUGCGUGUCGAUACUGAGAUGGCCAACGGACGUACUACCCGCACGACCUUGCGUGGAGAAAGCUUGACUGAGGAAGAUGAAGAUGUCCCAGACUCGGCCUCGACAGCCGGGUCAGCGUACAGCAUCACGAGUAGUCGUCAAGGUGGCCGCGAUGAUGAGGACAUAUGGGAUGGUGGUCAAAGUCAUGUCAUCGGAUUACAGAAGCGCGGAUUGCGUGGUCUUAUGGAAGGCCGCCGCAUUCGUGAACGAGGCCGCAGCGAUGGCACUGGUACAGCUAGUAGUGUUACGGCUAGCAGUGUUACCGGCAGCAGCAUUACUGGCGGCGGAAGUGUGGCCAGUGGUAGCAUCAGCGGUCCCUCGGAUCCCAAGGGUCUCGGCUUGGGCAUCUCAUAG